ACUUCAAAUGUCAACGUCAAACCUCGAGCCAUUAUAGCAAGCCAAUAUCGACCAACUGACCAAAGACCUUCCUAUUCUGUUGGGUUACAAUGUUCAUAUAGAUUCAAUUUAAUUUAUUUACCCAUACAUGCACAUUUCGCUUUGAUACCGCUGUAAGCUAUCACGGUUAACACUUAGCUCGUGGCCUUCGCUUGAAUGGAUCCUUGGGGCUCUGAAGUAGGGAAUAAAGGAAUUAUAUCGAAUUUCGAAGAUAAUUUUCAACCAUCGACCGAGAAGUUAGCGGAUUCACCUCAAUAUCUAGCCUUGUUGGGUAAGUUAAUAGUGUUUUUUUACGAGUUUUACUAUCAUUCGCCUUGACUUGCAUAUUAUGUUGAUCGAACGAAUGCCCAUAUAGUUGUGGUAUUAUUAUAAAAGUUUACACGUAACUUUCAUUUCAGAAAGAAAAUUAAAAGCGGUCCGAUCGAAGAACAAGGUGGUGGAAAACUUAUCAGCGUACAGAGCCGAUUGCAUCGGUCGUUUGCUCCGGGAGGGCUGCGAUCUCGACCCUGUUAUCGGGGACACAGAGGCCGAUAAACUAUUGGAGGACAAACCGGAGUCUGAAUAAGCUUUGUGAGUAAAAAUGGCUAUGUCGUCUAGCAUCGAUUUAUCCGGCACCACGUACUGCGUCCUGUCCGGCGCCUCCCAGGGCAUCGGGCGGGCCAUUGCCGUGGAGGUUGCGAAACUUCUCGGUCCGAAAUCCGUUAUCCUGCUCCUGGCACGUAACAAAGAUCAGCUCGCCAUCACCGCCGCCCUCUGCGAGUCGGACAACGUGAGUGUUGUCUAUGAAUCGAUAGACUUGAGUAAGGCAUCGCCGAGACAGAUGCACGACGUGAUUGUUCGCUCUCUAAAAGGAAGGAGCGUAUCCGAUUUCGCGGCAAGUAUUAUAUUCCACAACGUAGGCUCGUUAGGUAACUUGUCCAUCGAUACCGCACAAAUGGAGAAUGUUCCGGAAUUAAGAGAGUACUACGAUUUGAACGUUUUCAAUGUGAUCGCUUUGAAUACGCAAUUCCUUAAGAUUUUUGAUGAGAUAGAGGAUAGGCUCGUGAUCGUUAACAUAACGUCUCUCUGCGCCAUCAAGCCUAUGAGCGGAAUGGCGUACUAUUGCAGCGGUAAAGCCGCAAGGGAGAUGUACUUCAAGGUCUUGGCCGAGGAGAAGAAGCACGUUCGCGUGCUCAACUACUCCCCGGGACCUGUCGAGACCGCCAUGAUCGACUACGUAUUGGCGGAGGCGGUCAAUGAGAAUUUGCGCGAAGUUUUCACUUCUUUCAAGAAUCAGGGGACCUUGCUCAAGCCUGAGGUAACUGCUCAGAAGUGCGUCCGAGUCCUCCAGGCCGGCAAGUUUAGUCCGGCAGAGCACGUCGACUAUUUCGAUGACGAAUGAAUGUGUGUUCGUCGGGUCUUCGUAUCCCCUUGCGGGGGCACGGGUCGGGCCUCGGGGUUAAUGGAAUGUGUGUUUCGUAAUUGCUCUCUUUUUAUAUGUGUAGUACGUAGAGCGUUCUUAGACAGUAGAUUUCUUACUUCGACCGACUUCAAUAAGAUAAAGGUACAUAUGAAUUACAUAGAAUACUCACCGCUAGUAUUUUUUUUGCUUAAUUUUCUUCUAUAAUGAUUUAAAUAGAUACAAUCAAACGUUGUUGCAUUUGCAUAUAUAUACACAGAACAGUGGACGUAUUGAUUGAUAGUGUUUAAAAAUUUCAAUGAGCUAAUACGAAAAAAAUUAAACCAUAAUUUGGGAUCCUCAUAUCAAAAUGAUGUAGAUUUUAUAGUCACAACUUUAGAAUUCGCUUCGAAAGACGUUAUUGAACUUAUGUGUUGGAAAUAUAGCAAAUUUUUUUACUUCAAUGUUAUGGAGGGAUGAAAUUUUAAUUCCAAAAAACAUUGAUGGGUGACGAAAUAAGGAUAUGUUCAUCUUCGUUUGUAAUUUUGACAUGCGUUCUGAGGUCUCAUUGGAAUAGGCGGCACAGCAGAGGCGAAACGUCUUUUUCUUUUCCCUACCUAUGCUGAUAGCCUUAAGAGGCUAUUUCAGCUUCUCCUUGACGUGUAGGUGAGCUCACGGGGCUCAAACCGGAUGUUUUGCUAACACUGGCCCUAGCAAGAGCAGUGCUUCGCAGAAUCUACCACCGGAUCGGAAACGCGACCCACUCAGAAGAUUCGGCGAGAAACUCAGUGGGCUGUGUCUAUGAGUUAAUUUACUCGUCGAGGAUACGUAAAUGUUUACUGGUGUUAGGACCUCUUGUGAGUCAGCACGGGUAGGUACCACUACCCCGCCUAUUUCUGCCGUGAAGCAGAAAAUGCGUUUCGGUUUGAAGGGUGUGGCAGCCGUUGUAACUAUACUUGAGACCUUAGAAUUAUAUCUCAAGGUCGGUUGCGCAUUUAACUUAUAGAUGUCUAUGGGCUCCAGUAACCACUUAACACCGGUAGGACUGUGAGCUCGUCCACCCACCUAAGCAACAAAAAUAAGCAAAAAUUGGCAUAAACGCGCCUGUAACUCGAAAUAAAUAUAUUGCUAUAAUAUUAGUUUUAAGCGAAUAUAAUUAAACACGAUCUGUUAACUAAUCGAUCUAAUUAUAAGACCUUUACUAUCCAAAAUGUACUGUAUAUUGUUAUAUAUAAUUUUUAUGUCUAUGUUUAUCAAAUCAAAGUGUAUUAUUUCCAUAUCAUCUAUGUGUAUCUAAAUGAAACCUAAUUUUAUGUAAAAAAUUUACAUCAACUAAUAUAAGUUCUGUUCAUCCUACACACUAUGUCUGUCUGUAUAACUAAUACAGUAAUAAUAUUGAUAAACUGAAUAUGAAUGGAAUUCAUAAAAAUAAACGCUUGGAUGUAUGUCAAA